GACACUGAAAGCUUCUGAAUCGCCUGCGAGGUCCGAUUCAUCAAAUCUUCAAGAGUUCGCUGAUAAUCACACAGCUCCUUGUAUCUCUCCGACGACAAGCAUCCUUCAUAGAGAUUUGCUGCCAGCAAUUGCAAGAGAGCUGAUCAAGAUUCUGAUUCUCUGAUAUGGGGGACGGUUUUCAGUAAAUAGUAGGCGCCAGGGCUGUGCGGUGCCAGCCUGGGCAUGUAAAGGAAACAGUCCAGUGAAGGUUUACAGUCAGGUUGGGAUGAAGAACGACGUCAAUUUGCAUGCGCGAAGUCCCAGAGGGGGCCGUGGCAGUUUUUUUCCGACAUCUAUCCGUGCAAUUUCGACAUACAUACGCUCGGUUUCUGCAAACGCAAGUAAUAUUGCAUCCACAGUACGUUCUGCAGCCGUUCUCCCGAUAUCGAAUGGCUCACUUCACGAGGAUGAGCGACAGCGAGAGCAGGUCCAGUGGGCGGACUUUGAUAGGUUGGAGUUAGAUUCAGGAGAAAGUAGACAUGUCUUGUUGCUUACAUAUUCAAAUGGGUUUCAAGUAUGGGACGUGGAAGAAGCCCAGAAUGUUAGAGAGCUAGUGUCUCGGCGUGAUGGGCCUGUUGCAUUUUUGCGGAUGCUGCCCAAACCUCAUCCUCAAGAGUCUUCUGUCGGAGGGCCAAUCAGUGCUUCCCGCCCUAUUAUGCUCGUUGUGACUGACGAGUAUUCAAAUACUGGAAGUCAUAGUCCAGGAGGUUUUCCUGGAAACUAUAAUGCGGGGGCGACUGGAAGUCCUCCUGGGGGCACAGGGCCUCAGUUGAUACCUACGGCAAUUCGAUGUUACUCGCUACAGACUCAUGCAUAUGUACAUGUUUUGCGAUUCAGAACGAGUAUACAUGCCGUUCGUGUUUGCGCGCGGGCUGUUGUUGUGGCUCUGUAUUCUCAGAUUUAUGUGUUCGAUGCAGUUACACUAAAUAACACCUUCAGUGUGCUGACCUAUCCUACACCUCAAUCUGGACCGGGCGCAACGAAUCUCGGGUUUGGAGCCCUUGCUGUCGGUCCACGGUGGCUUGCCUACGCAGCCAAUCAACCCAUUACUCCCAUCACCGGUCGCGUCUCCCCGCAACAUCUCACUCCUUCACCAGGUGUUAGUCCAUCAACUUCCCCACAUAAUGCUAGCCUGGUUGCGCAUUAUGCCAAGGAAUCGAGCAAGCACAUUGCAGCGGGUAUUGUCACUCUUGGAGACAUGGGGUACAAGACCUUAUCGAGAUACUGUUCGGAGCUUAUGCCCGAUGGACCCAGUUCUCCUCAGACUGGCAGUCCAAGUUACAAACCUGCAAGCAAUGGUCACUACCCAGGCCCAGCGGCUCAUGACCAACCAGAAUACGCUGGAAUGGUGAUUGUGCGUGACCAUGUCAGUAAAGCAAUUUUAACGCAGUUUCGGGCUCACACGAGUCCACUCUCAGCUCUUGCCUUCGAUCCCAGUGGCACUCUUCUCGUCACUGCAUCAAUAUAUGGUCAUAACUUGAACGUGUUUCGACUCUUACCUUCCGUCUCAGGAACUGGUGUUUCCUCUAGCGGGUUUGAUGCCAAUACAACUCAUGUACAUUUGUACAAGCUUUAUCGAGGAAUGACAAAUGCGGUUAUUCAAGAUAUUAGCUUUAGCAGUGACAGUCAGUGGCUAGCUGUGAGCUCUUCAAGAGGCACCAGUCAUCUCUACGCCAUCUCACCGUUUGGAGGGCCAGUUGGUCCUCAGACUCAUAGUGCCAUACCUGUGGACGGGUUAACUGGACCUACACUGAUGCCAGCUCCUGCUUUUCCGUGGUGGUCAAGCCCUGGGCCAGUGAGGAUUGCUCAGCAACCUCUUCCGAAGCCUCCUCAAGCUAUGAAUCUCUCAGUCGCGAGUAGAAUAAAAAAUGGUGUCAGCUGGCGAGGUUCAAUUACCGGUGCCGCGGCAGCUGCAACCGGUCGGGCUAGCAAUAGUUCUGGAGCAGUUGCUUCUAUUUUCCACGACGGGGGUAAUCACAGUCACGAACCAGAUAUUGUCAACGGUUGUCUCAAGGAGCAGCUAUGGGUUCUAUCACCGGCGGGUAAUCUCAUUAGGUAUGUACUGCGCCCAACAGCCAGUUCUGAGGGAGGAUAUAGCAACAAUUUGGCAGGCGUGAAUUCUACUUCCUCUGGAACUCCAAGUCCGUCACAAGAGUUGCGGCUGCUGGUCGAACCACUAGAGAGGUGGGAUGUGUCUCGAAAGGCCAAUUGGGCGGAACGAGAAGAAAGAGUAGAUAGCCUUGCUGGACCAGGCCUUGGGUAUGAAGAGCCCGUAUUGGGUGGCGUUGGCGGUCAUCGUGGCGGAUUAGGAGGACAUCCAACUAGCAACGGAAGUGGUGGAUUGGGAAGGGAAGGAAGGGAGGGCAUGUCUGCAGAGGAGAUGCAGCGGUGGUUCAUGUCAAACGCCGAAGUGCAAAUGCACAAUCAGGCUAGGCCGUUGCCAGUCUGGGCAAGGUCAAAGGUUUAUUUUCACGUCAUGCUCUCUAAAGAGUCGGAGAGUGAGGGAAGCUCAGACAUCGAUACUAUUGGGGGAGAAAUUGAGAUUGAAAAGAUUCCAACUCGUGUGGUGGAAGUACGAAGAAAGGAUUUGGUGCCUGUCAUUGAGAGGCUUCAAGUCUUCACAAAAGUUCAGGGUUCUAGAGAAGUGGCAUCAGAGAGUAUACCAGCCAUGUCAGGCCUGCACAUGCAACUGUUUGUGGAUGAUGGCCUUCAAGAGGGCGUUAAUGGGACAAAUUUUGGUGGUAAGCACAUUCAUCGGACAAGCAGUGGGAGCAGUUUUGGGUCUGAAGGAGGGCCAAAUGGGGGUACUGUUAAUGGUUUCCAUCAAAAUUUUCAAGACUUUCCAGAAAUUCCUGUGGGAGGAAUUACUCCGUCGUCUUUUGAUUCGCCUCCCUCUUUUUUCCAUCACCCUCAGCAGCAGGGCAGUGGAGUCCCAACACCUUUUGGAAGAAACCCCUCCCAAGGAGCAGCUGUAAAUAGCAAGUACAUGAACACUGAACCAUCGAACUUUAGUUCUGAACCUCUCAACUCAGUCCCCGGUGUCGUUGGAACACAUACCAGCGGUUCCCCUCCUCUAAAUUUCGAGAGACUUGGCCGAAGAGACGUCAGGUACAGCGGUGGACAUAACUCCUCCAGUAUCAAAAAUGAAGGGGAUGUAGGAGUAGUGUCGGGUUUUGAGCCCUCAAGUCCACGAGGUGAGCAUGAUUCCCUGGAGACAGUCAGUAGAGGAGUUCACUUGGCUUCCAACUUACAAGCAGAGGCUCACAACUAUGGGCAAGAGACGAAAGUAGAUUCUGUCCAUGGGGAUGAAGGAAUCAUUGAUGGAGUGAAUAGUCAGAUUAUGGCAUUGUAUGAGCAUAUGAGUUUGGAAGAAAUAGGUACGCAUCAGUCUGAAGAUAGUCCCGUUCCAUCUGGUCAUCAACCUUGGGACAUGGGGCUUGAUAAUGCGGACAUGGAGCCCCUGAUUCGCCUCUCUCCAGGAGGUAUCGUGGCACGAGACUUGGAUGAGCGACCAGACUUUUUGUAUGGUCAAAGACAUGAAGUAGGCCAGCAAGGGGCGGAAGUGGGCCGUCUCUCUCAAGACGGCAGGAAGGUCGCGGAAGAUGUGGAAAGCACAGAUGCUCAGAGCAAGAGUGAGGAUAAUGACGGUGUUGAUCCUGGAGAUGAUGUUUGGGAAGGUGCAAUGUUUCCUUUUUGCGAAGAAGAUGGCUGAUUGAAAACAGUCAACCGCUUCCUUGAUUUGUUGACCUUGGUGACGAGCCUGAUGCCUCCUGAUUGUACAGAAAUUUACUUGGAAGGUGGCGAGAAUCCGAAACCCUUUUAACAGCUUACAAGAUUACAUGAAUGCGUUUCCACCUGUUAUCCGAUUGAAGACAUGUUUUGAAUCUUGCACCUUCUCAAUAUCUAUGAGAACAAGUUACCUGUUAGUCCGUCAGCGGGCUUCGAGUGAAGUAUAAUUGGCACUUCAAGGGCACCUCUAUUUCAAGGCUGCCGUUAAGUAGAGAGAACCGAUUUUUUGAGAGAUAGAGUAGUCUUGUGCUAGGAAUUUGGGAUAAACCGGAACUUCAUGGGUACUCUUUUCUACCUCAGGUCAAGAUUGCAUGGGUAUAUUUGUUCCCGUCAAGCGCAGAAGUUAUCCACGUAAGUCCCCAUGCGGUUAGAUCCUACCUCUUGUGGUCAUUUCACGGGGCUCUUUUAUCGACAUUCACAGGAGGUAGGGGAUGGAAGUUUCGAGGAGUAGCGAAUUAAGUUGGAGUGGAGUGUUUCGCCAAGGUCUCAAUCCGUCGGUCUCAUUAACUUACAUGUUUCAUGUCGUGAACUUGACCAUUCUCCCUGGACCAUGACACUCAAAAGUGCCGAAUAGACGUUCCCAGAGACAUUGUGUCUGCCCUUGUCUUUUCACAUGCUUGUACAUAUGUGUAUAUAAUCCUUUGUCAGGUCUUUAUUCGGUCACUAGAGGCACACAGCAUUGGAUCCCAAGGAUUUUUACAACCAGUUGGAAUCCUUAGAUUUUCUGUCAAAGACUUCGAAUCUGUAUGGUUUUCCUCCCAAGUCGAUGUAUACUGUCGUCUGCUGGAGGUAGUCUACUCCUUCUUUGGCAGUGUAGGUUUCUACCCUUGAGAACUAGAAGACACGUUUUUAAUCUUAUAAUGUAUUUUUAAGGAUUAAAUUGUUCCCUCAUGUUGGGGAGGGAGAGAAAAAAAAGGUGGGGAGGGAUUGUUUUGGGUGGAUGUUUGUCUAUGUGUGCAGCUUGGUACAUGGUUGCCCAACAAUGACGGUCAACAUUCUGCUCACUAUGAACCAAACUGAAACUCCGGGUCAAAUAGGAGAACUCGAUGAUAGAUUUUUCUAUCUCCCAGCUAUACGAGUUAGCAGUAGAUGGAACUGAUUCGCAGGCUGUUUUAGCUAUAAGAGCAGCCGUGUUUUUAGGAAAGCUUGAAUCAUCUUUGGACUCUUGCGCUGGGUUUGUGGAUGUUGAUUCUACCAUAUAUUGGAUGGAAGGGGGACUUUUUCUUGAAAAGCAAUUAUCCAAUUGACUCGCAAUUUGUCUUUAUGACGUUCGAAUUGGUAGUGUAUAGGUCUUAGAAGUCUGGAUUUGACUUGAGCAGUAAACUGUGGUCACCAGAUCUUAGUACUCUCGUGUUGCUGUGUUCUUUCAGUUGUGUAAUUAUAAUAUAUUUGUACAGGGUCACAAUACUUCUAGUC